GGCGUGCGCACCACACAGACGCACUAACCGGCGAGAGGAUAACGGCGGCUGCUCUGUCGGGCUGCAGCUGAUGCUGCUGAAGCAUCUGCAGCGCUGUUUGCUCGGUUUAGUGUGUGUGUGUCUGUGUGUGUGAUUCCAGAUGUCACCGACUGAGAAUUGGCGUCCACACCGCUGCGGGGGAUGUGUGUGAGUACAGGCCGUUUGGAUGCGAGUUCGGGACGGACGGAUUUCAUGAAAGGAACAAUCUCAGCGAGGGAAAACAUGACAGUCUUCCCGCUCCCCUGACGAUUCUCCGGGAUGCAGUCAUAGUCUGAGGCCGGACAUGAUCUUAAUCUCAGGGGUUGCUGUAGUUGAUGCGGGAUGAUGUGCGCCGCACCCCGAGUGAUAUUGAUAAGGGGAACACAGCUCGGUCCUUCACUGCCCCGCUGAUUUUUGCUUGACUGUGGCUCGUGGUGAUCAUCUUCAUCUAUUUAUUUUUAUUAUUAUUUUUUUGAAUUUUUUUGAAUUUUUUUGCUGGGCUGGGACUAUUUGGGAGACCUUCUGAUGUGGAAGGACUGGGCUGUUUUGCCUGAAGGGAUCAACUGAGCACUGUUGCUCUCACCCGGAGGGAAACCAGGGCUGAGCUGCUCACCUGGUCAUUUCAACACAACCUUUCAGCAUGGCUGAGAAGACGAUCGAGCAGGGCUCGGUCAGCAUCCCCAUGGAGGAGACCAAACUUCAUGGCGGAGCGCCUCAGGAGGCGCCGCUGCUCACCCACCUGAAAAAAGUCGAGAACCACAUCACUGAGGCCCAGCGCUUCUCCCACCUCCCACGCCGCUCCGCUGUGGACCUGGAGUUCAAUGAGCUUUCGUACACCAUCCGGGAGGGUCCGUGGUGGAGGAGGAGAGACAAACUGACACGUGAACGCUGUGAAAAACACAACCUCGUUGGCAAAGGUUAUAAAGCCCUCCUGAAGUGUCUGUCAGGAAGAUUUAACAGCAGAGAGCUGAUUGGUAUCAUGGGGCCUUCUGGAGCCGGAAAGUCCACACUGAUGAAUAUUUUGGCGGGGUACAGGGAGACCGGCAUGAAAGGUACAAUCCUGGUGAACGGCCGACCGAGGGAUUUGAGGACUUUCAGGAAAAUGUCCUGCUACAUCAUGCAAGAUGAUAUGCUGCUGCCACACCUCACUGCGAGGGAGGCCAUGAUGGUUUCCGCCAAUCUGAAACUGAAUGAGAGCAUGCAGGUCAAAAAGGAGCUUGUGGACGAGAUCCUGACCGCUCUGGGCCUUCAGGAGUGUGCUCAGACACGUACCAUCUCUCUCUCUGGGGGCCAGUGUAAAAGACUGGCCAUUGCCCUGGAACUGGUUAACAAUCCACCUGUCAUGUUCUUUGAUGAGCCCACCAGUGGUCUGGACAGCGCGUCCUGCUUCCAGGUCGUUUCCCUCAUGAAGUCCUUGGCUCAGGGAGGACGGACAAUCAUCUGUACCAUUCAUCAGCCCAGUGCCAAGCUCUUUGAGAUGUUUGAUAAGCUGUACAUCCUCAGUCAGGGUCAGUGCAUAUACAAGGGCACAGUCCCUUACCUCAUCCCUUAUCUGAAGAACCUGGGUCUCCACUGCCCGACAUAUCAUAAUCCAGCUGAUUUCAUCAUUGAGGUGGCAUCGGGGGAGUACGGAGACCUGAACCCAGUGCUGUUUGACGCAGUCCAGGGCGGACUGUGCUCAGAGGAGGGCAAGAAGAACUCAAGGGACAAAACUGACUCCUCCUGUCCCUCACAGUGUCACAGUGACACAGGAACGCUUGAGAAGCAUAGCUUCGCCACCAGUACAUUCACACAGUUUUGCAUCCUCUUCAAAAGAACCUUCAUUACAAUAUGCAGAGAUACGGUGCUGACCCACCUUAGGGUGAUGUCCCAUCUGUCCAUUGGAGUACUCAUCGGCCUGCUCUAUCUCAAAAUUGGAAAUGAUGCCAGCAAGGUUUUCAACAACACUGGCUUCCUCUUCUUCUCUAUGCUUUUCCUCAUGUUUGCUGCCCUGAUGCCCACAGUGCUAACGUUUCCUCUAGAGAUGUCUGUGUUUGUGAGAGAACAUCUUAACUACUGGUACAGCCUGAAGGCUUAUUACUUGGCCAAAACCAUGGCUGACAUACCGUUCCAGGUGAUUUGUCCAAUUAUGUACUGUAGUAUAGUGUACUGGAUGACAGAACAACCUGCAGAGGUGGGUCGCUACCUGCUCUUUAUGGCCUUGUCUACAUCCACAGCGCUGGUGGCGCAGUCGCUGGGUCUGCUUAUAGGAGCUGCAUCAACAUCUCUGCAGGUGGCAACAUUUGUGGGCCCAGUCACAGCCAUACCUGUCCUCCUUUUCUCUGGCUUCUUUGUCAAUUUUGACACCAUUCCCAAAUACCUACAGUGGAGCUCUUAUGUUUCCUAUGUCAGGUAUGGCUUUGAGGGGGUGAUACUCUCUAUUUAUGGGAUGAACCGGUCUGAGCUUGAAUGUCCAGACCCUGUGUGUAAGUUUCAAAAGCCAGAGGAGGUCUUGCAGCUGUUGGAUGUGGAGGACGCAAAGCUUUACGUGGACUUCAUGGUGCUGGGGGUUUUCUUCCUGAUCCUCAGACUCGCCACUUACCUGGUUCUGCGCUACAAAGUCAAGUCAGAGCGUUAAGACGUCCAGAGGCACAGUGCUGAUGGAUAUGGAUGCUCAUGAAUAUCCCAGAAGUGUGAGAUAGUAAGAAAACCUAUCGUCUCUCUUUUUCAGUUUCAACAUUUCAAAAUCAAUCGAGUAUGUGCUGCACCAUUACUCAAACUGUACAGUAUGGCACAGAUUGAAAAGGUUUACUGAUAAGAAAAUGAAAAGUUUCAACUGUGAAUUGUUGUUCCCUGCACACCGUUACUGUAUGCCAGGUAAU